CCGUUAGGAUUUGCUUUAUCUCUCCGCUAGCAUCUGCUGGCUCAUUGCAGAGCCUGCGUGUCGGUGCGUGCGGUAGGCUUUUCGCGAUCGGAAUACCCGCGUACGACCAAAGGAUCGUUAUAUUGGAAAAACGCGGUGAAAAGGUGUAUUGAUGGUGAUGGUUUGCAGUUUUUCACCCAUUUGGUGUUUCGUGUGGAGUUCAGGCUAGGGGUCCCCCUCGAGGGAAACAGGCAGUAACCAUGGGACGUCCUACCACCAGUCUACUCGUGCACAUCGCGGCUAGUAUUGUGCUGUGGAAAGUAUGCAGUGCCGAGAAAGAAGUAGCUAUUACACUGCCGGAAGAGGCCGUGGCAACUCUUGGUGACGGAGUGACUUUGCAAGCUGCCUUCGACACAAGCUACAGACUUGUUUCCGUCACGUGGAGUAAACUACACGGAAACGUCACAUCCCAGAAAAGGACAAGCGUUCUCUCUUAUGUGCCUGACUUGAACAUCAACCGUGCAUACGGAUCUUACAAGGAAAGGGCAAAACUUCUGGGAAUGGCAUCCCUGCGGAUUGAUCCCACCAAAACUGAAGAUGAGGGCACGUAUGCCCUGUCAAUCAUGACCGACGAACGUGGCACAGCAGAAAAAUUCAUCCACCUGGCUUUACAGGUGGCACCCCGGGUCUCGGUGGGACCCCGGAACCCGUAUGUUACAGUUGUGGGCGAAUCGGUGUCCCUAGCGUGUAAGGUCACUGAUGCCAAGCCUAAUAUAACUUCACUUUACUGGGAGAAAGACGGUGCGAGACUCGAGGCGAGCAGCUUCUUGGGGAAAUAUUCCGGAGGAGAUGCCGGGACGCCAUCUUUGACUAUUCGUCACGUGAUGAGGAUGGAUGCCGGAGUGUACACAUGUGUCGCCCAGAAUUCCGUGCGGUCUGGAGAGGGGCACAUCGAGCUGCGAGUACAUUAUUUUGCCUCGAUUACAAGCAUCUCAGAGCCCGUGGAAGUAACCGUCGGCGAUCAUGUGACUUUCCGUUGCGUUGCCGAGGGCAGUCCCACCCCGAACAUCACGUGGUCUAGAGACGGUUUGAAGUUUAAAGCUAGUUCGGAUGAAGCCGUUGGUGACGUCAGAACGAGUGCCCUGGUCCUCAGCGGUGUGGCACUUACUGAUACCGGAACAUACUCCUGCACUGCACGGAACGGAAUCGGUGGACCACGGACCAGAAAUACACAUGUCGACGUCGUCGCUCUCGAUGGCGGUUUCACGUCUACAACAGUCGCCAUUAUCAGUGGUGCAGCUGCCGGCGGCCUGUGGUUGCUGAUAUGUCUGUGUCUGCUGGUGUAUCUAUUAAGGAAGCGGCGCGGCGGAGAGAGGAAGAAGUUUACGUAUUACUAUAGCGAUGUACAGAGACGGAGUAAUGUUGCAACAAGUGAAGGGGGCGGAUCAGAACAUAGACGGCAGGUUUUCUUAACAGAAAGAAAAAGCUCCAAUGUUGCCUUCGAACAGAGAAGACUGGAAAAUGGCGAGCUGAUCAUCUAGACGAUGUAGGAUCUAAACCUGGAAGUACAAUGGUUUUAACGCCGGGCUUAUUGAUACUUGACCAAUGGUACAUUGUUCAACCCGUGCCUCACAAUGAGA